AUGAAGGCCCAGAACUGCAGUCACACUUUGCAGGGCCCAAACGGGACAAUACAGAGUCCAGGCUUUCCAUAUGGAUACCCAAAUUAUGCAAACUGCACGUGGACAAUCACUGCCGAGGAGCAGAACAGGAUACAGCUUGUUUUCCAGUCCUUUGCAUUAGAGGAAGAUUUUGAUGUAUUAUCUAUCUACGAUGGACUGCCUCAGCAGGGGAAUCUGAGAACAAGGUUAACAGGUUUCCAGCUGCCGGCUCCUAUUGUGAGUACAGGGGUUGUGCUGUCCUUGUGGCUUGUGAGUGAUUAUGCGGUCAGUGCUCAAGGCUUCCAGGCGAACUAUGAAGUUCUACCAAGUCACACGUGCGGAAAUCCAGGAAGGCUGCAGAAUGGGAUUCAGCAAGGGACAACAUUCAGCAUCGGGGACAAAGUGAGAUACAGCUGUAAUCCAGGCUUCUUUUUGGAAGGACACGCGCUGCUCACGUGCCAUGCCAAUUCGGAAAACAGUGCCUCCUGGGAUUUCCCUCUCCCCUUCUGCAGAGCUGAUGAUGCUUGCGGAGGGACUUUGCGGGGACAGAGCGGAAUCAUCUCAAGCCCUCAUUUUCCUUUGGAGUAUGGCAAUAAUGCAGACUGCACGUGGACUAUUCUCGCUGAACCCGGAGACACCAUUGCUCUGGUUUUCAUGGAUUUUCAGCUGGAAGAUGGAUAUGACGUUUUAGAAGUUGCUGGAACAGAGGGAUCUUCACUCUGGUUUACUGGAAUGAAUUUGCCUGCCCCGGUUAUCAGCAGUAAAAAUUGGCUGCGGCUUCACUUCACAUCAGAUGGCAACCACAGGCAGAAGGGGUUCAGUGCCCAGUAUCAAGUCAAAAAGCAAAUGGAACUGAAGUCCAGAGGGGUGAAGCUAAUGCCAAGCAAGGACAAUAACCAGAAGACAUCAGUGUUAACUCAGGUUGGUGUGUCCCAGGGACAUAAUAUGUGUCCAGACCCUGGGAUUCCCGAGAGAGGCAAAAGAAUAGGCAACGAUUUUAGGUUAGGCUCCAGCAUCCAGUUCGCCUGUAACGAGGGCUAUGAUUUACAAGGGUCCAAAAGCAUCACCUGUAAGAGAGUGAGCGACAUAAUCGUUGCGUGGAGUGACCACAGGCCAGUGUGCAGAGCUAGGAUGUGCGAUACGUACCUUCGUGGUCCCAGCGGUGUGAUAACUUCUCCCAACUACCCUGUCCAGUACGAUAACAAUGCCUACUGCGUGUGGGUCAUCACUGCGCUCAAUCCAGCCAAGGUUAUCAAACUCACCUUUGAAGAAUUUGAACUAGAAAGAGGAUAUGACACUCUGACAGUGGGUGAUGGCGGACAAGUCGGAGACCAGAAAACUGUGCUUUACGUCUUGACAGGCACCACAGUCCCUGAUCUGAUCGUUAGCACCCACCACCAGAUGUGGCUCCUCUUCCAGACAGACAGCGUCAGCAACUUGCUGGGAUUCAAAGCGACGUAUGAAGAGAUUGACCAAGGGAGCUGCGGUGAUCCCGGGAUCCCAGCCUACGGCAGGAGAGAAGGAUCCACGUUUCACCACGGGGACAGUUUGAAGUUUGAGUGCCAUCCUGUGUUUGAGUUGAAGGGACAGAAAACAAUAACCUGCCAAAAGAGUAGCCAGUGGUCUGCUCAGAAACCAGUUUGUGUUUUUUCCUGCUUUUUCAACUUCACCACCCCAUCUGGGAUUGUGCUGUCUCCAAAUUACCCCGAAGAGUACGGAAGCAGCUUGCACUGCGUUUGGUUAAUUAUAGCUAAACCCGAGAGCCGGAUUCACUUGGCUUUCAAUGAUUUCGAUGUGGAGCCGCAGUUUGAUUUCCUGGCCGUGAAGGAUGGCGGGACUGCCGAAUCUCCGGUGCUGGGGACCUUCUCAGGAAGCCAGAUCCCCUCCUCUCUGACCAGCAGCGGUCACGUAGCCCGGCUGGAGUUCCAGACCGACCACUCCAUGGAGAAGAGAGGCUUCAACAUAACCUUCACCACGUUUAGGCAUAACGAAUGCCCCGACCCUGGCGUGCCUGUGAACGGGAAGCGAUUUGGUGACAGCCUCCAGCUUGGCAGCUCGGUGUCCUUCCUUUGCGAUGAGGGCUUCAUUAGGACCCAUGGCGCAGAAACCAUCACCUGCAUCUUGAAGGAAGGCAACGUGGUUUGGAACAACGCAGUGCUCAGAUGCGAAGCGCCGUGCGGGGGGCACCUGACGUCGCCCAGCGGAACCAUCCUGUCCCCGGGCUGGCCGGGCUUCUACAAGGACUCGCUGAGCUGCGCCUGGGUCAUCGAGGCCCAGCCGGGAUACCCCAUCAAGAUCACGUUUGACAGAUUUAAGACAGAGGUGAAUUAUGACACCCUGGAAGUGCGAGAUGGCCGGUCCUAUUCUUCCCCGUUGAUAGGUGUCUAUGAUGGGACUCAGGUGCCCCAGUUCCUCAUCAGCACCAGCAACUACCUCUACCUCCUCUUCACCACUGACAAAAGCCACUCUGACAUAGGCUUUCAGAUCCGAUACGAAACUGUGAAGCUCCAGUCAGACCACUGCUUGGAUCCGGGGAUCCCAGUGAACGGCCAGCGCCACGGGAAUGAUUUCUACGUGGGAGCACUGGUGACGUUCAGCUGCGAUUCAGGCUACACCCUGAGCGACAGCGAAGCCCUGGAGUGUGAGCCAAACUUCCAGUGGAGCCGGCCGCUGCCCAGCUGCGAGGCUCUAUGCGGAGGUUACAUUCGUGGUUCCAGUGGUACCAUCUUAUCCCCAGGCUUCCCUGAUUUUUAUCCAAAUAACUUGAACUGCACGUGGACAAUAGAAACAUCACAUGGAAAAGGUGUGUUCUUCACCUUUCAUACCUUUCACUUGGAGAAUGGCCACGACUACCUCCUCAUCACUGAAAAUACCAGCUUUGCUCAGCCACUGAAGCAACUGACGGGCUCUCGGCUCCCUGCCCCGCUUAGCGCAGGGCUCUUCGGAAACUUCUCUGCUCAAAUUCGCUUCAUCUCGGACUUCUCCAUGUCCUAUGAGGGUUUCAACAUCACCUUCUCAGAAUAUGAUUUGGAGCCCUGUGACGAGCCGGAGGUGCCAGCCUAUAGCAUCAGGAAGGGCCUGCAGUUCGGAGUGGGGGAUGUCCUCACCUUUUCCUGCUUCCCCGGCUACCGGCUGGAGGGCGCAUCCCGCAUCACCUGCCUCGGGGGGAGACGGCGUGUGUGGAGUUCGCCUCUGCCAAGGUGUGUUGCUGAAUGUGGUUCAUCUGUAACUGGAACCCAAGGUGUCCUGCUGUCCCCCAACUAUCCAAUAAACUAUAACAACAACCAUGAGUGCAUCUACUCCAUCCAGACCCAGCCAGGAAAGGGGAUCCAGCUGAAAGCCAGGACUUUUGAACUGGAGGCAGGAGAUGUCCUCAAGGUCUACGACGGCAGCAAUAGCUCUGCUCGCCUGCUGGGCUCCUUCAGCCGCGCCGAAAUGCUCGGCACCAGCAUAAACAGCACUUCCAGCAGCAUGUGGCUGGAGUUCAUCACCGACGGCCACAACACGAGCAAAGGCUUCGAGCUGCAGUUUUCUAGUUUUGAACUCAUUAAAUGCGAGGACCCUGGCAUCCCACAGUUUGGCUACAAGGUCCAUGACGAGGGGCACUUUGCUGGCAGCUCCGUGUCCUUUAGCUGUGACCCGGGCUAUACCCUGCGAGGCAGCCGGGUGCUGGUCUGCCUGACAGGGGAGCGGAGAGCUUGGGAUCAACCCCUGCCAACCUGUGUAGCGGAGUGUGGGGGUACGAUCAAAGGAGAGUCGUCAGGACGGGUACUGUCUCCCGGCUACCCAACACCCUACGAUCACAACCUGAAUUGUAUUUGGACAAUAGAGGCAGAAGCUGGUUGCACGAUAGGGCUCCAUUUCAUGGUUUUCCACACCGAGGAGUUCCACGAUGUGCUGAGGAUCUGGGACGGUCCGGUGGAGAACGGCAUCCUCCUGAAGGAGAUGAGUGGGUCCGGCUUGCCUGGCGACGUGCACAGCACUUUCAACUCUGUCAUCCUUCAGUUCAACACGGAUUUCUUCACAAGCAAGCAGGGCUUCGCUGUGCAGUUCUCAGUUUCUACUGCCACUUCCUGCAAUGACCCAGGAAUUCCCCAGAACGGGAGCCGGAGUGGUGACAGCAAAGAGGCAGGUGACUCCAUCGUCUUCCAGUGCAAUCCAGGAUACGCUCUGCAAGGGGAGGCCAAAAUCACUUGUGUGCAGAUCGAGAACAGAUUUUUCUGGCAGCCAGACCCUCCCUCGUGCACAGCUCCCUGCGGAGGUAUCUUGACGGGACCGGCGGGAGUGAUCUUGUCCCCGCAGUACCCGGAGCCCUACCCACCGGGGAAGGAGUGUGACUGGAAGCUGACCGUCUCUCCUGAUUAUGUCAUUGCCCUCAUGUUCAACGUCUUCAGUUUGGAGCCUGGCUAUGAUUUCCUCCACAUCUACGACGGACCCGAUUCACUCAGCCCCCUGAUCGGAAGCUUUUACGGUUCCCAGCUACCCGAGAGGAUAGAGAGCAGCAGUAACAGCCUCUUCCUUGCUUUCCGGAGCGACGCGUCAGUCAGCAACACGGGGUUUGUCAUUGACUACGCAGAAAAUCCCCGGGAGUCGUGCUUCGAUCCUGGAUCGAUUAAGAAUGGCACACGAGUGGGUACGGAUCUGAAGCUGGGAUCUACGGUCACCUACUACUGUGACGGAGGGUACGACAUUGACGGGGUCUCCACGCUGACGUGCAUAAUGGGAGGGGAUGGAAAACCCACAUGGAACAAACCUCGACCUACCUGUACAGCACCCUGCGGUGGUCAGUACACGGGCUCGGACGGCGUCGUCCUCUCUCCAAAUUAUCCCCAGAACUACACCAGCGGACAAGUCUGCUUGUACUUCAUCGUCGUGCCGAAGGACUAUGUGGUCUUCGGGCAGUUCGCCUUCUUCCAGACCGCGCUCAACGACGUCAUCGAAGUCCACGAUGGCCCCAACCAGCACUCCCGGCUCCUCAGCUCCCUCUCGGGCUCUCAUACGGGUGAAUCAUUACCGCUAGCUACCACCAACCAGAUUCUCAUCAAAUUUAGUUCCAAGGGUCAAUCUACAGCCAAAGGUUUUCAUUUUGUCUACCAAGCGGUUCCUCGGACCAGUGCCACCCAGUGCAGCUCGGUGCCGGAGCCGCGCUACGGCCGGCGGCUGGGCAGCGACUUCGCGGUCGGGGGGGCGCUGGCGCAGUGGAACGUUUCGGUACCCACCUGUGUGGUGCCGUGCGGUGGGAACCUGACUGAGCGCAAAGGUACCAUCCUGUCGCCUGGCUUCCCGGAGCCGUACCUGAAUAGCCUCAACUGCGUGUGGAAGAUCACCGUCCCCGAAGGAGCGGGGAUACAGAUCCAGGUGAUCAGUUUUGUGACCGAGCAGAACUGGGAUUCCCUGGAAGUGUUUGACGGAGGAGAUAACACAGCCACCAUGCUGGGAAGUUUCUCUGGAACUACAGUGCCUGCGUUGCUGAACAGCACUUCAAACCAGCUCUAUCUGCAUUUCUAUUCGGAUAUCAGCGUCUCCGCUGCCGGCUUUCACCUGGAAUACAAAACCGUCGGUCUGUCCAGCUGCCCAGAGCCCCCCGUUCCUGGGAACGGCCUGAAGAUCGGCGAGCGCUACUUAGUGAACGACGUCGUCUCUUUCCAGUGUGAACCAGGCUACGCGCUCCAGGGCCACUCUCACAUCUCCUGCAUGCCAGGCACCGUCCGCCGCUGGAAUUACCCACCGCCGCUUUGCAUCGCCCAGUGUGGAGGAACGGCAGAAGAGAUGGAAGGAGUGCUCCUGAGCCCAGGGUUCCCAGGAAAUUAUCCGAGCAACCUGGACUGCACGUGGAGGAUAUUGCUGCCGGUGGGAUUUGGUGCUCACAUCCAGUUCCUAAACUUCUCCACUGAGCCAAACCAUGACUUUGUCGAAAUCCGCAAUGGGCCGUACGACACCAGUAACGUCAUCGGGCGGUUCAGCGGCACCGAAAUCCCAGGCUCGCUCCUGUCGACAUCUCAUGAAACCACGGUGUACUUCCACAGCGACCACUCACAGAACAAGCCAGGCUUCAAGUUGGAAUACCAAGCCUACGAGCUACACGAAUGCCCUGACCCAGAACCUUUUGCUAAUGGCAUUGUACGGGGAGCCGGUUACAACGUCGGCCAGUCCAUCUCUUUCGAGUGUCUGCCUGGGUACCAGCUGAUCGGCCACCCCGUCCUGACCUGCCAGCACGGCACCAACAGGAACUGGGACCACCCGUUGCCCAGGUGUGAAGUGCCUUGUGGGGGGAACGUCACCACCCAAAACGGUACCGUUUACUCUCCUGGCUUCCCCAACCAGUACCCCAAUUCCCAGGACUGCACGUGGCUUCUCACAGUGCCGGUGGGAUAUGGAAUCCAUCUCAACUUCACCCUACUGCAGACAGAGCCCUACAACGACUUCAUCACUGUUUGGGAUGGUCCACAGCAAACAGCCCCACAGCUUGGUGUGUUCACUGGCAACUCUGCUAAGAAAUCAGCCCAGAGCUCUUCCAACCAGGUCCUGAUGAAAUUCCACAGCGAUGCAGCCAAGGGCGGGAUUUUUGCCAUUUACUUCUACGCCUACCAGCUCUUCAGAUGUCAGCCUCCGACCGUCGUUCCCAACGCAGAAAUCAUCACCGAGAGUGAAGAAUUUCACAUAGGAGACGUAGUGAGGUACCGGUGCCUUCCUGGCUUUACCCUGAUUGGGAAUGAAAUCCUGACCUGCAAACUAGGCACUCAUCUCCAGUUUGAAGGACCUCCACCCACAUGUGAAGUGCACUGUCCGAUGAACGAGGUUAUGACGGACUCCACCGGUGUGAUCCUCAGCCAGAGCUCCCUGGGAAGUUACCCUCACUUUCAGACCUGCUCUUGGGUGGUGAAGGUGGAGCCUGGGUAUAACAUCUCCCUCACCGUCGAGUACUUCCUGAGCGAGAAGCAAUAUGAUGAGUUUGAAAUCUUUGACGGUCCCUCUGGCCAGAGUCCGCUGCUCCUGUCGCUGAGCGGGAACUACUCUGCCCCUCUGACCGUCACCAGCAGCGGGAACAGGGUCUAUCUCCGCUGGUCCUCUGAUCAUGCCUACAACAGAAAAGGCUUCAGAAUCCGCUACUCUGCUCCUUACUGUAGCCUCCCACAGCCGCCAGCCCACGGGCUGAUUCUCAGCCAGACGGGUCUGCACCCCGGCAGCACGGUCCGCUUCGGCUGUGACACGGGCUACCGUCUCGUCGGGCACAGCACCUCCACCUGCACCCAGCACCCACAGGGCUACUUCCACUGGAGCGAAGCGAUCCCGCUGUGCCAAGCUGUCGCCUGUCCCGAUAUCAACAGCAUUGCGGUGGAGCACGGCCGGUGGCGGCUGACCUACGAGAUCCAGUACCACUACAACGCCCAGCUGAUGCUCAUCUGCGACCCGGGGUACUACUACACGGGCCAGCGGGUCAUCAGGUGCCAAGCCAACGGGAGGUGGAGCAUAGGCGACCCGAUGCCGACCUGUAAAAUUAUCUCCUGCGGAGACCUGCCGACUCCGCCCAACGGGAACAAGAUCGGCACGCUGACCAGCUACGGGGCCACAGCCAUCUUCUCCUGCAACACGGGCUACACCCUGGUAGGGUCCCGUGUGCGGGAGUGCAUGGCCAACGGACUCUGGAGCGGAGCAGAAGUGAGGUGUCUGGCGGGCCACUGCGGUGUUCCCAGCCCCAUCGUCAACGGGCAGAUCAACGGGGAGAACUACAACUACCGCGGCAGCGUGGUUUAUCAGUGCAGCCCCGGGUUCCGCCUCAUCGGGAUGUCCGUGCGGAUCUGCCAGCAGGAUCACCGCUGGUCCGGGAAGACGCCUGUCUGUGUGCCCAUCACUUGUGGCCACCCCGGCAACCCUGCCAAUGGCUUGACCCAAGGGAGCCAGUUCAAUCUGAACGACGUGGCCAAGUUUGUGUGCAACACCGGGUACCGCCUGGAAGGAGCGUCGCAGUCGCAGUGCCUGGCCAACGGACAGUGGAGCAGCACCCUGCCUGCCUGCCGCGUUGUAAACUGUACUGACCCCGGGCACCUGGAAAACAGCAUCCGUCAAGUGCAGCCAAGUGGUCCUCACAGAUUCAGCUUUGGAACAACUGUCUCAUAUCAGUGCAGCCAUGGAUAUUACUUAUUGGGUACACAUGUCCUUACCUGUCAGGGGGAUGGCACUUGGGACCGUGCCCUCCCACAGUGUCUUUUGGUCUCUUGUGGGCACCCCGGCUCCCCACCCCACGCUCAGAUCUCGGGUGACAAGUACACCGUCGGCUCCGUGGUCCGGUACAGCUGCCUGGGGAAGCGGACGCUGAUCGGCAACUCCACUCGCAUGUGCCAGCUCGACGGGCGCUGGAGCGGUCCUGCACCACACAGCUCAGGAGGCAGCCAGGGCGUCUGCGGUGACCCGGGGAUCCCCGCUCAUGGCAUCGGGCUGGGAGACGACUUUGACGUAGGCAGCGUGCUGGAUGGCCAGAAAUGCCCCGUUCGGCGUCAGAGCUGUGGGUCCCGCCGACUAACUCGUCGUUUUGUUGGGGAAUUUCAGCAGAAUGAGAAGCGUCAGUCGCUUCAGACCUCCGUGAUAUCCUGCGGAAACCCAGGAACCCCCAGCAACGCGAGGGUUCUAUUUAACGACGGCUUGAUUUUCUCCAGUUCCAUCAUCUAUCAGUGCCGGGAAGGCUAUUACUCCACAGGAGUGCUGAGCAGGCACUGCACGGUGAAUGGGACGUGGACUGGGACCAGUCCAGAGUGUACAGUGAUCAACUGCGGUGACCCCGGCGUGCCAGCCAACGGCGUUAGGCUGGGCGGUGAUUUUACCUACAACAGGACCGUGGUGUUCCACUGCACGCCUGGCUACAUGAUGGAGUCGGACAGGGCGUCUGCUCUGACCUGCACGAAAGACCGAACCUGGAACGGCACCAAACCUGUCUGCAAGGCUAUCAUCUGUAAAGCCCCACAAGCCAUCCCCAACGGGAAAGUCGUGGGCUCGGAUUUCAGCUGGGGCUCCAGCGUCAGCUAUGCCUGCCUGGAGGGCUAUCAGCUCUCGCUGCCCGCCGUGCUGACCUGCGAGGGGAACGGCACGUGGAGCGGGGAGAUCCCCCAGUGCUUCCCUGUGUUCUGCGGUGACCCGGGGACGCCCGCUCAAGGCAGGAGGGAGGACAGAGGCUUCACGUACCGCUCCUCCGUCUCCUUCUCCUGCUUAGCCCCGCUGGUGCUGGUGGGGUCAGCCCGGAGGUUCUGCCAGUCCGACGGGACGUGGAGCGGGACCCAGCCCAGCUGCAUAGGUGAGGGCAGGCUCCUCUGCCUGGAGCCGGGUGCCUCGCUCGGCGGGAUGCAGACCAACUCCCGGGGCUACCAGGUGGGCAGCCUCAUCUUUUUCAAGUGCCAGAAGGGCUACCUGCUGCAGGGCUCCACCACCAGGACCUGCCUCCCCAACCUGACCUGGAGCGGCGUGCAGCCCGACUGCGUCCCUCACCACUGCAAGCAGCCGGAGACCCCCUCCCACGCCAACGUUGGUGCUCUGGAUUUGCCAUCUCUGGGCUACACCUUGAUCUAUUCCUGUCAGAGCGGCUACUAUCUCACCGGAGGAUCUGAGCACCGAACCUGCAAAGCAGAUGGCAGCUGGACAGGAAAGCCACCGAUUUGCCUGGCUGAUGUCCGUCCCAGCGGGAGGCCGGUCGGCACUGCGCGGGACCCGCCGCUCGCCAAGGUCUCAGUGCCUGCUGAUGUGUUCGCGAGGAAUUCCCUGUGGAAGGGCUCCUACGAGUACAUGGGGAAAAAGCAGCCUGCGAUGCUGUCUGUCACUAGCUUCGACCCUGCCACCAGUAAAGUCAACGCCACUCUGAUAGACCACAGCGGCGUGGAGCUCCAGGUGUCCGGUAUUUACAAGAAAGAUGAUGUGCACCUACUGCUCCAGGUUUACCAGAUAACCGGGCCAGUGGAGAUCUUUGUCAACAAGUUCAAAAAUGAUAAAUGGGCUCUAGAUGGACAUGUCUCGUCAGAGUCGUCAAGCGGCACGUUUGUGUACCAGGGCUUUGUGCGUGGCAAAGGCUUCGGGCAGUUUGGCCUUCAGAGACUUGACAUCAGCAUGAUGGAAAAUGAUCCCGAAUCAAUAGGACACCAUUUUGCAUCCAACAGCAGUUCUGUGGCACCUGCCAUUCUUGUGCCUUUCAUAGCCCUGAUUAUUGCAGGGUUUGUGCUUUAUCUCUACAAACACAGGAGAAGACCAAAAGUCCCAUUCAAUGGCUACGCAGGCCAUGAAAACACCAACGUCCGAGCAACGUUUGAAAAUCCGAUGUAUGACCGAAACCUGCAGCCCACGGACAUCAUGGCCAACGAGACGGAGUUCACAGUCAGCACUGUGUGCACAGCUGUAUAG